CACAUUUUCUUUGCUCUAUAAGAAGCCCCUUUGGAGCCUCUCAUGAAACAUUGCUUCAAGGGGUUUCAACUUUCAACACACACACAUUGUUCAUCUACCUGUGCACACACUCUCAACAAAGAAAAGGAGAGCAUAGAAAAGGUUCAGGGUACGUCUUUGAUAUACACACACAAAGAUGAGCAGUGAUGAGUCAAUCAAAGUUUCAAAGAAGAAGAAGGUAUCAAGCAGAAGGCUUGGAGGGUACCUCAGAGAACAGAAAGGAAGACUUUACAUAAUCAGAAGAUGUGUUGUCAUGCUUCUCUGCUGGCAUGACUGAGGGUAUGUCUUGAUACUUGUUGACGCUUAGUGUUCACGGACGUUAGAACUCACUUCAAAACAAAAAGUGAGCAAAACUCGAAUUCUGGAUCAGUGCACUCUUGAAUCCUUAUGUUCAAGAAUGCAUAACAGAGAAACAGGGCUAUGUGUUUUGCUUCUUAGUUAGUAUCUCCCCUCCCCAUAUGUAAAUAGUAGGAAAAGAAAUGUUAGAGACAAUUAAUUCUACUUCAUACAUCAUGCCUGAAAAAUGUCUUUCCUGCGUACAAAUUAAAAUAUUAAAGCUUGAUAGCGAAAUUUUAGUUUCUAAUAUAUAUCUUGCACCAGGAAGUACAAGUACAUGUGUUUCUUAGAUUCUGUAUCAAGUGCUCUUUAGCAUAGAAGAAAUCAUUCACAUAUUUUAUUUGAUUUUCUGUUUUUUAUGGUUUGGAACGAGUGAGGUGGAACAUCCCCAUUUA